GAAGUUCUGAAAAAAUCAACACCAUACGAAGCAACAGACUUUAACUACAUCAGGUCGCCACCACGAGAUUUUCCCACCACAUCCCGCUUAAUCGGAUUGCCACGUGUCUAAUAUCUCACUGCCUACAUCCGGUGAUGCAAAAAGCAUCGACCGGCUAUAGCCAAUCACUCCUUCCUUUCUAUUCCAGCUGUCUGGUUACCUCGACAGCAACUCACUCAUUAGCUCUCUCCUUUUCUUCUCUGUGAAGUUCUUUCCGAUUACUCUCCUUUUUCAGGGUUAAUAGCAUUUUACUCAUGUUUUCUUCCAUUCUAUCGCCUCCAUCUUCAUUCUCUGUCGCCAGAAUUAAGUUUAUAUAGUGGUCUGAACUCUGAAGCUUUGUUUUCUGCGCGCUUGCUUGUAAUAUCAAGGAUCAGCACCAGUGAUUACUUGGACCACACAGAUAGCUGUAGUAAUGGUACAAUCAUCCUCAAGCUCCGGAAUAUUUUUCCAAGAAGACGGUCAAUUCCAGGUUGCUGAAAAUCCUCAUCUGAGGCCAAACUAUUUGAACUCGUUACCACACGGCAACGCAGAUCAUCAAAAUUUGAGGGAUUGUAGCUAUACUCUCUUGAACAGUGUCGAGAGCUCAGGGCCGAAUAACCAGGCGAGUUCUUUGGUAACCGAUGCCAACUCGGGCCUUUCAGGUGGUCCCCAUAUUCAGAGAAGUUCGAGCAUUAAUACAGAAUCUUAUACGAGAUUGCCCGCAUCACCCAUAUCCUUCUCGUCUAAUAAUAUUGCCUUAUCUGGCUCGUGCACCAUGGAUGGAUCCUCUGUUGUGCAACCGAACUCCAGUCGUGAUCAACCGAGUCAACAAAGUCGGGGGCGGGGCCGUGGGCGAGGGCGUGGCCACAUGGGUGGAUCUAGUGUGGCAUCUUUGCCAGGGACGAGGCAAGUUCAGUUUGCUAGUCAUCAGAAGGUGCUGGACUCUUUUGCACGGGAUGUAAAUACUAUACCCCGGCUGCAAAAAAGGCAACGUUUGGAGAUGAAGCAGGAAGAUAUUUUACAGCAGCAGGUUUUGCAGCAGGUUUUGCAGAGAGAAGAUUCAGUGCACUUGCAGAAUUCUAAUCCUCAACUGCAAGCUCUGAUGCAAGAACAGAGGUUAAGGCAGCAAGAGCAGCAACAACAGUUUCUACAGGCUAUGACUCCAAGUCAGAGGGUGCAGUUUUUGCAGCAGAAUCAACAACAAUUGCAGUUAAGUCAGCAACAUCAGAUGCAGGGAGUGUCGCCUGCAUGUGGGGAACCUCGGCUUUCUGAAGGUGGUGUGUGCUCACGUCGACUAAUGCAGUACUUGUAUCAUGAGAGACAAAGGCCUUCUGACAAUUCUAUUGGGUAUUGGAGAAAAUUUGUGGCUGAGUAUUACUCUCCACGUGCGAAGAAGAGAUGGUGUCUAUCACGGUACAACAAUGUCGGGCAUCGUUCAGCUGGGGUGAUUCCCCAGGGGGCAGCGGAUGCAUGGCUGUGUGAUUUAUGUGGUUCAAAAUCUGGAAGAGGAUUUGAGGUUACUUUUGAAGUGCUCCCAAGGCUUCAUGAGGUCAAAUUCGGAAGUGGGGUGAUUGAUGAGCUUCUAUUUCUGGACUUACCUCGUGAAUUCAGAUUUGCCUCAGGAAUAAUGAUGCUAGACUAUGCAAAGGUUGUUGAAGAGACUGUAUACGAGCAAGUUCGUGUUAUUCGUGAGGGUCAGCUUCGCAUCAUAUUCACUCCUGACCUAAAAAUUUUGUCGUGGGAAUUCUGUGCCAGUCGUCAUGAAGAACUCCUUCCUCGUAGAUUGGUUGCUCCUCAGGUGAACCAACUACUCCAAGUUGCGCAAACAUGCCAUAGCACAUUAUCUGAAGGUGGUGCGGAGGAAAUUUCACAGUCGGAUUUAAAGUCAAGUAGUGUUAUGGUUGUGGCAGCUGGGCGUCAACUUGCUAGAAGUUUGGAGUUACAGUCACUAAAUGACCUCGGCUUUUCCAAAAGAUAUAUAGCUGAUGUUGCUAAUAGCAUGAAAGACUUGAUGGAUUUCUGCAGAGAAUACAAACAAGGACCCCGUGAGGGCUUGAAAAACUUCACGGGACGUGCCACUUUGCCAGAUGUCAACAGCCUAAUAACAUUCAGCCAAACAAACAGCAUCAACCAGCUCUUUAAUAGCCGAGGAGCUUCAAGUGGAUCACCAUUAGCCUCCACUGCAUUGACCAACUGCCAAAAUUCGCUGACCAGACAAAACUCCAUGAACUCGACCAAUAGCCCGAUUCUUAACGACCCAUUACCUUCCAACCAAGCUCAGUCUUCAUCAAUGCCGGGCCCAUCUCGUUUUUCUCCUGGAAUUUUUCCUAAUGGAAUUGUAUUGCAGCAAUAUCUGCAGGGUAUGGGUGAAAGGUAUGAAGGGCAGACCCUUUAUUCGCAAAAUCAAGGUGGGUGGUUGAGUAGAAGCAGCAGUUUUAAAGCAGCCUCUUCUGGAAAUGGGUCCUCUGCUCUUGUGGGUUUGAGCCAAAUGGCGCCAGAUUUGACGCAAAGUGGAUAUGGGACAGAUGAGAUAGGGUAUUUUACCGGUAGUGGGUUUUUCGACAAUGAUUUCGAAAGUAAUAUGAAAUUCAGCCAGAGGAUAUAAGAAAUAUAUGCUGGUGUUAGUUUUUAACUUUCUUUUUUUUUUCCUCGUUUUUCUAUGGGACAGAAUGUUCGUUCUGAGUUGGAAGUCUGUACAGGUUAUCUAAUGUCAUCUCUAUAUUGGUUAUUUUUGCACUUUGUUACGUUUAUGUGGUAGUUAAAGUCAUGUGGAGGUUUGUCAUAAAAAAAUUUAUGGGUAUUGUAUUAUCGUAAGAGGUAAGAGGAAAUAUUACGGUCUCGUAACGGAACUAUUUCGUCGGAGUUUAUAACCGUUAGAUCAUUAUGUAACCGUCGGAGAUAGUUGAUUUAACGGUUGCAAACUUCGACGGAGUGGUUCUAUAGCGGGACCUUAGCGUAAAUUUAUUAAUAUUCAAUUUUGAAAAAGUUGAG